GCAUGCUCCGCCCGCCCGCCUCCGCGCCCCGCCCCCUGCGCCCCGGCUCGCCCCCGCCCUCGCGCGCUCGGGCCCCUCCGGCCUGGCGGCCGACGUUCCGCGUGCGUGCGGGCGCCUGACUUCACUUCCGGCUAACGCGCUCCGCUUGCCCCCUGGCCCCGGAUGGUGACUGGCGGUGGUGCUGCACCUCCCGGGACUGUCACUGAGCCGCUUCCCAGUGUGAUUGUGCUGAGCGCAGGCCGGAAGAUGGCGGCUGCGGCUGCGGCGGCCUCAGGCCCGGGCUGCUCCUCGGCGGCGGGAGCGGCCGGGGUCUCUGAGUGGCUGGUGCUGCGAGACGGCUGCAUGCGCUGCGACGCCGACGGGCUGCACAGCCUCUCCUACCACCCGGCGCUCAACGCCAUCCUGGCCGUCACCAGCCGCGGGACCAUCAAAGUCAUCGACGGCACCUCAGGGGCCACCCUGCAGGCCUCGGCGCUCAGCGCGAAACCAGGAGGACAAGUGAAAUGUCAGUAUAUUUCUGCUGUGGAUAAAGUUGUAUUUGUGGAUGAAUAUGCAGUAGGAUGUAGGAAAGACCUCAAUGGGAUCUUGUUGUUAGAUACUGCUCUACAGACUCCGGUUGCAAAGCAGGAUGAUGUGGUUCAGCUUGAAUUGCCCGUUACAGAGGCACAGCAGCUCUUAUCAGCAUGUUUAGAAAAGGUAGAUAUUUCAAGUACAGAAGGUUAUGAUUUGUUCAUCACACAGCUCAAAGAUGGUUUAAAAAAUACAUCUCAUGAAACUGCAGCAAACCACAAAGUUGCUAAGUGGGCCACAGUUACAUUUCAUCUUCCUCAUCAUGUGUUGAAGUCCAUUGCCAGUGCCAUUGUAAAUGAACUCAAGAAAAUAAAUCAAAAUGUUGCUGCCUUACCUGUGGCAUCCUCAGUGAUGGACAGAUUGUCUUACCUCUUACCUAGUGCACGUCCAGAACUCGGAGUGGGGCCAGGCCGUUCUGUAGACAGAUCCUUGAUGUAUAGUGAAGCUAAUAGACGGGAGACAUUUACCUCAUGGCCCCAUGUAGGCUACAGGUGGGCACAACCAGAUCCCAUGGCUCAAGCUGGAUUUUAUCAUCAGCCUGCUUCAUCUGGAGAUGAUCGAGCCAUGUGUUUUACUUGUAGUGUCUGUCUUGUCUGUUGGGAACCUACUGAUGAACCUUGGUCUGAACAUGAGAGACAUUCCCCCAACUGCCCGUUUGUGAAAGGUGAGCACACCCAGAAUGUGCCGUUGUCUGUCACUCUUGCCACGAGUCCUGCACAGUUUCCUUGUACGGAUGGAACCGACAGGAUAUCUUGCUUUGGGUCUGGAAGCUGCCCUCAGUUUUUAGCUGCUGCAACUAAACGAGGAAAGAUUUGCAUAUGGGAUGUUUCCAAACUUAUGAAGGUGCACUUAAAGUUUGAAAUCAAUGCCUAUGAUCCAGCAAUUGUACAACAGCUUACUCUGUCAGGAGAACCAAGCUCAGGAGUUGAUUCAACAAGACCAACUUUGGCAUGGCUGGAGGAUUCCUCCAGUUGCUCAGAUAUACCGAAAUUGGAAGGAGAUAGUGAUGAUUUACUGGAGGAUUCAGACAGUGAAGAGCAUUCCAGAUCAGAUUCUGUGACAGGGCAUACAUCACAAAAGGAAGCCAUGGAAAUAAGCCUGGAUGUAACAGCACUCAGUAUUCUCCAACAGCCAGAAAAGCUUCAGUGGGAGAUUGUUGCAAAUGUGCUGGAAGAUACUGUUAAAGAUCUUGAAGAACUUGGUGCAAAUCCUUGCUUAACCAGCUGCAAGAGUGAAAAGACAAAGGAGAAGCACCAGGAGCAACACAACAUUCCCUUUCCGUGUUUGUUGGCGGGAGGUUUACUAACAUACAAAUCUCCUGCGACCUCACCCAUUAGUAGUAAUUCUCAUAGGUCACUGGAUGGUUUAAGCAGAACUCAGGGUGAAAAUAUAUCAGAGCAAGGGUCAACAGACAAUGAAUCCUGCACUAAUUCAGAACUUAAUUCUCCUCUAGUAAGGAGGACUUUGCCGGUUUUACUUCUUUAUAGCAUCAAGGAAUCUGAUGAGAAAGCAGGAAAAAUAUUUUCACAGAUGAACAAUAUUAUGAGCAAAAGUUUGCAUGAUGACGGUUUCACUGUUCCCCAGAUCAUUGAAAUGGAGCUGGACAGUCAGGAACAGCUGUUGCUGCAGGACCCACCUGUGAGUUACAUUCAGCAGUUCGCAGAUGCGGCCACCAACCUUACCUCUCCAGAUUCUGAGAAGUGGAGCUCAGUGCUGCCUAAGCCUGGGACUUUGGUUCAGUGCUUGAGGCUGCCGAAGUUCGCAGAGGAGGAGAAUCUUUGCAUAGACUCCAUAACUCCCUGUGCCGAUGGAAUCCAUUUGUUGGUAGGACUGCGGACAUGCCCUGUUGAAUCCUUGAGUGCAAUAAAUCAAGUAGAGGCCUUGAAUAAUUUAAAUAAAUUAAACUCUGCACUAUGUAGUAGACGGAAAGGUGAGCUGGAAUCAAAUCUCGCUGUAGUCAACGGUGCAAAUCUUAGUGUAAUCCCACAUGAAUCACCAGCAGAUGUACAGACGCCUCUGAUCAUUGAGCCUGAGCAGAGGAACGCCAGUGGUGGAUAUUUAGUGCUUUAUAAAAUGAAUUAUGCCACUCGGAUAGUGACUUUAGAAGAAGAGCCCAUAAAAAUUCAACAUAUCAAAGAUCCCCAGGACACAAUUACCUCGCUCAUUUUGCUUCCACCAGAUAUAUUGGAUAAUCGAGAGGAUGAUUGUGAGGAACCUGCUGAAGAAAUGCAGUUAACCUCAAAAAAUGGCUUUGAAAGGGAGAGAAAGUGUGACAUUUCAACUCUUGGACACCUGGUAAUAACCACUCAGGGAGGAUAUGUAAAAAUACUAGAUCUUUCAACCUUCGAGAUUUUGGCCAAAGUGGAGCCUCCUAGAAAGGAGGGCACUGAGGAACAGGACACAUUUGUCUCCGUCAUCUACUGCUCGGGCACAGAUCGGCUGUGUGCGUGCACCAAAGGUGGUGAGCUUCAUUUUCUCCAAAUUGGAGGAACCUGUGAUGAUAUUGAUGAAGCUGAUAUUCUAGUGGAUGGAUCUCUUUCUAAAGGAGUAGAGCCAUCUUCAGAAGGUUCUAAACCUUUGUCAAAUCCUUCAAGUCCUGGCAUUUCAGGAGUUGAUUUGUUGGUGGACCAGCCACUCACACUUGAAACCUUGACGUCUCUAGUGGAGCUCACCCGCUUCGAGACCUUAACCCCACGGUUUUCAGCUACUGUCCCUCCAUGCUGGGUGGAAGUUCAGCAAGAACAGCAGCAAAGGAGGCAUCCUCAGCACCUCCACCAGCAGCACCAUGGAGAUGCCGCUCAGCACACUAGAACUUGGAAACUGCAGACGGACAGCAACAGCUGGGAUGAACAUGUAUUUGAACUGGUUCUACCUAAGGCUUGUAUGGUUGGACAUGUGGACUUCAAAUUUGUUCUGAACUCAAACAUCACCAACAUUCCUCAGAUACAAGUGACACUGCUGAAAAACAAAGCUCCAGGCUUAGGGAAAGUUAAUGCUCUUAACAUUGAAGUGGAACAAAAUGGGAAACCGUCCCUGAUUGAUUUGAAUGAAGAAAUGCAGCACAUGGAUGUAGAGGAAUCACAGUGUCUUAGAUUAUGUCCAUUUUUAGAGGAUCAUAAAGAAGACAUUCUGUGUGGGCCGGUAUGGCUUGCUAGUGGCCUUGAUCUGUCAGGUCAUGCUGGGAUGUUGACGUUAACAAGCCCCAAACUUGUUAAAGGUAUGGCAGGAGGAAAAUAUCGCUCAUUUUUAAUCCAUGUGAAGGCAGUGAAUGAAAGAGGAACAGACGAUAUUUGUAACGGUGGUGUACGUCCUGUUGUGAGACUCCCAUCCCUGAAACACCAGAGUAACAAGGGCUACUCGCUGGCUUCCCUGUUGGCUAAAGUUGCAGCAGGAAAGGAAAAAUCAUCUAAUGUGAAGAAUGAAAAUGCAGGUAGUACUCGGAAAGCUGAAAACCUCCGCGGCUGUGAUUUACUGCAGGAGGUCUCAGUCACCAUUAGAAGAUUCAAGAAAACUUCCAUCCCUAAGGAAAGAGUGCAGCGAUGUGCCAUGUUACAGUUUUCAGAAUUUCAUGAGAAGCUUCUUGACACUCUUUGCAGAAAAGUAGAUGAUGGCCAGAUCACAGAACACGCCCAGAGCCUUGUGUUGGACACUCUGUGUUGGUUAGCUGGAGUGCAUUCAAAUGGACCUGGAAGCUCAAAGGAAGGAAAUGAGAGUCUACUUUCAAAAACACGAAAGUGUCUUUCAGACAUCAUACGUGUGUGCUUCUUUGAGGCAGGACGCAGUAUAGCCCAUAAGUGUGCCCGCUUUCUAGCCUUGUGCAUCAGUAAUGGCAAAUGUGACCCAUGUCAGCCGGGAUUUGGAUCUGUUCUUUUGAAGGCUUUACUUGAUAACAUGCCAUUCUUGCCUGCAGCAGCAACUGGUGGUUCUGUCUAUUGGUAUUUUGUCCUGUUGAAUUAUGUUAAAGAUGAAGAUUUGGCUGGAUGCAGUACGGCUUGUGCAUCUUUGCUUACUGCUGUGUCCAGACAGUUACAGGACAGGCUGACACCAAUGGAGGCUUUACUUCAAACAAGAUAUGGGCUCUACAGCUCGCCAUUUGAUCCAGUCCUGUUUGAUUUGGAGAUGAGUGGUUCUUCCUGUAAAAAUGUAUACAACAGCAGUAUUGGUGUCCAGUCCGAUGAAAUUGAUUUAUCAGAUGUCCUUUCAGGAAACGGAAAGGUCAGCAGUUACACAGCUGCUGAGGGCAGCUUUACGUCUCUGACUGGACUGCUGGAAGUGGAACCACUGCACUUUACUUGUGUGUCAACUAGUGAUGGAACCAGAAUAGAAAGGGAUGAUGCAAGUACGUUUACUGUGAGUUCCUUCGGGGUUACUCCUGCAGUAGGUGGACUUUCAUCUGGGACAGUUGGGGAAGCCUCGACAGCCCUGAGUUCAGCAGCCCAGGUAGCUUUGCAGUCUCUCUCUCAUGCAAUGGCUUCAGCCGAGCAACAGCUGCAGGUGCUGCAAGAGAAACAGCAGCAGCUUUUGAAGCUUCAGCAACAGAAAGCAAAGCUGGAAGCCAAGUUACAUCAGACAACAGCUGCAGCAGCUGCGGCAGCAUCAGCAGCAACAGCAGUAGGUCCUGUUCACAACUCUGUGCCUUCCAACCCAGUGGCUGCCCCUGGAUUCUUCAUUCAUCCAUCUGAUGUUAUUCCACCCACUCCAAAAACAACACCACUUUUUAUGACUCCACCACUCACUCCACCCAAUGAAGCAGUAUCCGUUGUGAUUAAUGCCGAACUUGCACAACUUUUCCCAGGCUCAGUCAUUGAUCCCCCAACAGUCAAUCUUGCUGCACAUAACAAAAAUUCCAACAAGUCCAGAAUGAAUCCACUCGGUUCUGGUCUGGCCCUUGCAAUUUCUCAUGCUUCACACUUUCUUCAGCCUCCACCUCACCAGUCCAUCAUUAUAGAACGAAUGCAUUCAGGAGCCAGGAGAUUUGUGACUUUGGAUUUUGGCAAAUCAAUACUGUUGACAGAUGUUCUGAUUCCAACUUGUGGAGACUUGGCUUCCUUAUCAAUUGACAUUUGGACUUUAGGAGAAGAGGUAGAUGGGAGGCGAUUGGUGGUAGCAACUGAUAUAAGCACUCAUUCCCUGAUUCUCCAUGAUUUAAUACCACCUCCUGUGUGCAGAUUCAUGAAGAUCACUGUCAUUGGACGUUAUGGCAGUACCAAUGCAAGAGCCAAAAUUCCUUUAGGAUUUUACUAUGGUCAUACUUAUAUCUUGCCUUGGGAAAGUGAACUGAAAUUAAUGCAUGAUCCUCUAAGGGGAGAGGGCGAGUCUGCAAACCAGCCAGAGAUUGAUCAGCAUUUAACAAUGAUGGUUGCUCUGCAGGAGGAUAUACAGUGCAGAUACAACUUGGCUUGUCAUCGUCUGGAAGCUCUUUUGCAAAGUAUUGAUCUUCCUCCUCUCAACAGUGCCAAUAAUGCACAGUACUUUUUACGAAAACCAAACAAGGCAGUGGAGGAAGACAGUAGGGUUUUUUCUGCUUACCAAGACUGUAUUCAGUUACAGCUUCAACUAAAUUUGGCUCAUAAUGCAGUGCAAAGGCUCAAAGUAGCUUUGGGUUCAAGUCGUAAGAUGCUGAGUGAAACAUCAGAUCCAGAAGAGUUAAUUCAGAUGUCCUCCACGGAGCAGUUGAGGACCACCAUCAGAUACCUUUUGGACACUUUGCUCAGCCUGCUUCACUCUUCCAAUGGACACUCUGUUCCUGCAGUUUUGCAGAGCACAUUUCAUGCCCAGGCUUGUGAGGAGCUCUUCAAACACCUGUGCAUCAGUGGAACCCCAAAGAUACGGUUACACACUGGGCUUCUGCUUGUACAGCUAUGUGGUGGUGAAAGAUGGUGGGGUCAGUUUCUUUCCAAUGUUCUUCAGGAAUUAUACAACUCAGAGCAGCUUCUCAUCUUUCCACAAGAUAGGGUCUUCAUGUUACUUUCCUGCAUUGGACAAAGGUCACUUAGUAACAGUGGAGUACUAGAAAGCCUACUUAAUCUUCUGGAUAACUUAUUGUCACCUCUUCAGCCACAGUUACCCAUGCAUAGACGGACAGAAGGAGUACUAGAUAUUCCCAUGAUCAGUUGGGUGGUUAUGCUGGUGUCCAGAUUGCUGGAUUAUGUGUCAACUGUUGAAGAUGAAGCAGCAGCUGCAAAGAAGCCUUUGAAUGGUAAAGACAGGGAGAGGUUUCUGACAGGUAACCAGUGGAGUUUUAUUAACAAUAAUCUGCAUACUCAGAGUUUAACAAGAUCAUCAAAAGGCAGCAGUAGCCUGGAUAGAUUAUAUUCCAGGAAAAUCAGAAAGCAGCUUGUUCAUCAUAAGCAGCAACUUAACCUGCUAAAAGCAAAACAGAAGGCUUUGGUGGAACAGAUGGAAAAAGAAAAAAUACAGAGUAACAAAGGAUCCUCAUAUAAACUCCUGGUAGAGCAAGCAAAGCUAAAACAAGCUACUUCAAAGCAUUUUAAGGAUUUAAUUCGUUUACGUCGGACAGCAGAAUGGUCUCGUUCUAACUUAGAUACAGAAGUUACGACCACAAAAGAAAGCCCAGAGAUAGAACCACUCCCAUUUACUCUGGCCCAUGAACGGUGUAUUUCAGUGGUCCAGAAACUUGUUUUGUUUCUCUUGUCCAUGGAUUUUACAUGUCAUGCAGAUCUCUUACUCUUUGUUUGUAAGGUUCUUGCACGCAUUGCAAAUGCUACCAGGCCAACUAUUCAUCUGUGUGAAAUUGUGAAUGAACCACAACUGGAAAGGCUGCUGUUACUUCUUGUUGGAACUGACUUCAAUAGAGGCGACAUAUCUUGGGGUGGAGCUUGGGCUCAGUAUUCCUUAACUUGUAUGCUGCAGGAUAUUUUAGCAGGAGAGUUGUUGGCUCCGGUAGCUGCAGAGGCCAUGGAAGAAGGAACUGUUAGUGAGGAUGUCGGAGCAACAGCUGGAGACUCCGAUGACUCCCUACAGCAGUCUUCCGUUCAGUUGCUGGAAACCAUAGACGAGCCUUUGACACAUGACAUAACAGGUGCACCCCCUCUCUCCUCUUUGGAAAAAGAUAAAGAAAUAGACCUGGAGUUACUUCAAGAUCUAAUGGAAGUAGACAUUGAUCCGUUAGAUAUUGAUUUAGAAAAGGAUCCUCUUGCAGCCAAAGUUUUCAAGCCAAUAAGCAGUACGUGGUAUGAUUACUGGGGUGCUGAUUAUGGCACAUACAACUACAACCCUUACAUUAGCGGUCUGGGAAUUCCUGUAGCAAAGCCACCAGCAAACACGGAAAAGAAUGGAUCACAGACAGUUAGUGUUUCUGUGUCUCAGGCCUUGGAUGCUCGCCUUGAAGUUGGUCUUGAACAGCAGGCAGAACUUAUGUUGAAAAUGAUGUCAACCCUGGAAGCAGAUUCCAUUUUACAGGCACUAACAAAUACAUCUCCAGCAUUAUCACAGUCUCCCACUGGUACUGAUGAUUCACUUCUAGGAAGUUUUCAAGCAGUGAACCAAACCAACCAACUUAUUAUCCAGCUGUCAUCUGUCCCAAUGUUAAAUGUUUGUUUCAACAAACUUUUUUCCAUGCUUCAAGUCCAUCAUGUCCAGUUGGAAUCACUUCUCCAGUUGUGGCUCACAUUGAGCUUGAAUUCCAGCUCAUCUGGAAACAAGGAGAAUGGAGCAGACAUUUUCUUAUAUAAUGCUAAUCGAGUACCUAUAAUUUCAUUAAAUCAAGCAUCAAUAACUAGCUUUCUCACAGUGCUUGCUUGGUAUCCCAAUACUUUACUUCGGACGUGGUGCCUCGUGCUUCAUAGCCUAACACUCAUGACAAACAUGCAGCUUAACUCUGGAUGCACUAGUGCUAUUGGAACUCAGGAAAGUACUGCACAUUUGUUGGUUUCCGAUCCAAACCUUAUCCAUGUGUUAGUGAAAUUUCUUUCUGGUACCAGUCCACAUGGAACAAAUCAACACAGUCCACAGGUUGGCCCAACAGCUACACAAGCUAUGCAAGAAUUUCUUACCAGAUUACAAGUACAUCUUUCUUCAACAUGUCCUCAAAUAUUCAGUGAAUUUUUGCUUAAAUUAGUUCACAUACUUUCAACAGAAAGGGGUGCCUUCCAGACAGGCCAAGGACCCCUUGAUGCCCAAGUGAAGCUGUUAGAAUUUACUUUGGAGCAAAAUUUUGAAGUUGUUUCAGUUAGCACUAUUUCUGCUGUAAUAGAAUCGGUCACCUUCUUGGUACACCACUAUAUCACUUGCUCGGACAAAGUCAUGUCUAGAAGUGGAUCUGACAGCUCCGUGGGAGCUAGAGCAUGCUUUGGUGGGCUCUUUGCCAAUCUCAUCCGUCCAGGUGAUGCAAAGGCAGUUUGUGGCGAAAUGACAAGAGACCAACUUAUGUUUGAUUUGUUAAAACUUGUUAACAUUUUAGUUCAGUUGCCCCUUUCAGGCAACAAGGAAUACAGUGCAAGAGUGUCUGUGACCAGCAAUACAACAGAUAGUGUGUCAGAUGAAGAAAAAGUCUCGGGAGGCAAAGAUGUCAAUGGAAGUGGCAGCUGCAGUCCAGGAUCUCCUGCCCAUGUCGCUGACCUGGUCUUAGCCAACCAACAAAUUAUGAGCCAGAUUCUGUCUGCUCUGGGUCUGUGUAACAGCAGUACCAUGGCAAUGAUCAUUGGGGCAAGUGGAUUACAUCUUACCAAACAUGAAAAUUUUCAUGGUGGAUUAGAUGCGAUAUCAGUUGGGGAUGGAUUGUUUACCAUACUGACAACCCUUAGUAAAAAAGCAUCCACAGUCCACAUGAUGCUGCAGCCCAUUUUGACCUACAUGGCCUGUGGCUAUAUGGGCAGACAAGGUUCUCUUGCUACCUGCCAGUUAUCUGAACCAUUAUUGUGGUUCAUUUUAAGAGUAUUGGAUACUAGUGAUGCGUUGAAAGCAUUCCAUGAUAUGGGUGGUGUUCAGCUGAUUUGCAACAAUAUGGUUACUAGUACAAGGGCUAUUGUGAACCCUGCAAGAAGUAUGGUAUCAACCAUUAUGAAAUUUCUUGAUUCUGGCCCAAACAAAGCUGUUGACAGCUCUUUGAAAACAAGAAUUCUAGCUUCUGAACCUGAUAACGCAGAAGGGAUCCAUAACUUCGCACCCCUGGGCACGAUCACCUCUAGCAGUCCUACUGCUCAGCCAGCAGAGGUGCUUUUGCAGGCCACACCGCCCCAUAGAAGAGCGCGCUCUGCUGCUUGGUCCUACAUCUUUCUGCCAGAGGAAGCAUGGUGUGACCUUACCAUCCACCUUCCUGCCGCGGUGCUGCUUAAAGAGAUACACAUCCAGCCUCAUUUAGCAUCUCUUGCAACCUGUCCGUCGUCGGUGUCGGUUGAAGUCAGUGCAGAUGGGGUAAAUAUGCUUCCCUUGUCUACUCCUGUUGUCACAAGUGGUCUCACCUACAUAAAAAUCCAAUUGGUGAAAGCUGAAGUAGCUUCUGCUGUCUGCCUUCGACUGCACCGUCCACGUGAUGCCAGUACUGUAGGCCUGUCACAAAUCAAAUUGUUGGGCCUUACCGCUUUUGGUACCACUUCUUCAGCAACAGUUAAUAAUCCCUUCCUUCCGUCUGAAGAUCAGGUAUCAAAAACCAGUAUUGGGUGGUUACGCUUGCUGCAUCAUUGCCUCACUCACAUAAGUGAUUUAGAAGGAAUGAUGGCAAGUGCAGCUGCGCCUACUGCUAACCUGCUACAGACUUGUGCUGCCUUACUCAUGUCCCCGUACUGUGGGAUGCAUUCCCCCAACAUCGAGGUUGUGCUUGUCAAGAUAGGACUGCAGUCCACCAGCAUCGGCCUGAAGCUCAUUGACAUCCUCCUGAGAAACUGUGCGGCCUCUGGCAGCGAUCCUACAGACUUGAAUAGCCCUUUACUUUUUGGAAGGCUGAAUGGACUCUCUUCUGACUCUACAAUAGACAUUCUUUACCAGCUUGGAACAACUCAGGAUCCUGGAACAAAAGACAGAAUUCAGGCCUUGUUAAAAUGGGUCAGUGAUUCUGCAAGAGUGGCUGCUAUGAAGAGAAGUGGCAGGAUGAACUACAUGUGCCCUAAUUACUCCGCAGUGGAGUAUGGUCUGCUGAUGCCAUCGCCCUCUCACUUGCACUGCGUGGCAGCCAUCCUGUGGCAUAGUUACGAACUGCUUGUAGAGUAUGAUUUACCAGCGCUGCUGGACAGAGAACUCUUUGAGUUGCUGUUUAAUUGGUCCAUGUCUCUUCCCUGUAAUAUGGUGCUGAAGAAAGCUGUGGACAGUCUGCUUUGCUCCAUGUGUCACAUCCACCCCACUUACUUUUCGUUGCUCAUGGGCUGGAUGGGCAUUGCCCCUCCCCCUGUGCAGUGCCACCACAGGCUUUCCAUGACGGAUGACAGCAAAAAGCAGGAUCUCAGUUCAUCCUUAACAGAUGACUCUAAAAAUGCUCAGGCACCCCUGGCACUCACGGAGUCACACCUGGCAACCCUGGCUUCGUCCUCACAGUCUCCAGAGGCUAUCAAGCAGCUACUAGACUCGGGCGUGCCUUCUUUGCUUGUGAGGAGUCUGGCAAGUUUCUGCUUUAGCCACAUUUCUUACUCAGAAAGUAUUGCUCCGUCAAUAGAUGUUUCCCAGGACAAACUGCGGCGGCAUCAUGUUCUACAGCAAUGCAACAAGAUGCCUGUCACAGCAGACCUGGUUGCUCCUAUUCUGAGGUUUCUGACGGAAGUCGGCAAUAGCCAUAUUAUGAAAGAUUGGCUUGGCGGUUCUGAAGUCAAUCCGCUCUGGACAGCACUUCUGUUCUUACUGUGUCACCCCGGGUCAGCUUCGGGAGGACCUGCUUUAGCUGCCCAACAGACCAGUACCAAAUCAGCCUCUCUUGCUUCAACCACCACCGCAGGAUUGACUACUCAGCAGCGGACAGCAAUUGAGAAUGCCACUGUUGCGUUCUUUCUACAGUGUAUUUCAUGCCACCCUAAUAAUCAGAAGCUGAUGGCACAGGUUCUUUGUGAACUGUUUCAGACCGCUCCCCAGCGAGGGAACCUGCCCACAUCUGGGAACAUUUCAGGGUUUAUACGCAGAUUAUUUUUACAGUUAAUGCUGGAAGAUGAGAAGGUGACAAUGUUUCUUCAGUCUCCCUGUCCAUUGUAUAAAGGUAGAAUUAAUGCUACUAGCCAUGUCAUCCAGCAUCCAAUGUAUGGUGCAGGCCACAAGUUCCGUACUCUGCAUCUGCCUGUUUCAACGACAUUAUCAGAUGUCCUUGACAGAGUGUCAGAUACUCCAAGCAUCACAGCUAAAUUAAUUAGUGAACAAAAAGAUGACAAAGAAAAGAAAAACCAUGAAGAAAAAGAAAAAGUUAAGGCGGAAAAUGGAUUUCAAGACAACUAUAGUGUUGUUGUUGCUUCCGGCCUGAAGUCCCAGUCUAAACGUGCUGUUUCUGCCACCCCACCUCGCCCACCAUCCAGGAGAGGGAGGACAGUACCUGAUAAAAUAGGAACUGCUUCCUCAGGAGCAGAGGCUGCCAGCAAAGUUAUUACUGUCCCAGUAUUUCAUCUGUUUCACAAACUUUUGGCAGGCCAACCGUUGCCUGCUGAAAUGACACUUGCCCAGCUUUUAACUCUCCUAUAUGACCGAAAACUUCCUCAAGGUUAUCGCUCAAUAGAUCUAACUGUUAAGUUGGGAUCAAGAGUUAUCACAGACCCAAGUCUGUCAAAAACAGACUCUUUUAAAAGGCUGCAUCCUGAAAAAGAUCAUGGAGACUUACUUGGUAACUGUCCUGAAGAUGAGGCCCUCACUCCAAAUGAUGAGUGCAUGGAUGGGAUAAUGGAUGAAUCUUUGCUUGAAACCUGUCCCAUUCAGUCACCAUUACAGGUUUUUGCAGGAAUGGGUGGACUGGCUCUUAUUGCAGAAAGAUUGCCUAUGCUGUAUCCUGAAGUAAUUCAACAGGUCAGUGCUCCAGUUGUAACAUCUGCUACUCAGGAGAAGCCAAAGGACAGUGAUCAGUUUGAAUGGGUGACUAUUGAGCAGUCCGGGGAGUUAGUCUAUGAAGCACCAGAAACCAUCGCAGCUGAGCCUCCCCCAAUCAAGUCCGCAGUGCAGACCAUGUCGCCCAUACCUGCCCACUCUCUGGCUGCCUUUGGCCUGUUUCUGCGUCUUCCAGGCUAUGCUGAAGUGCUGCUGAAAGAGAGGAAACACGCCCAGUGCCUUCUGCGUUUAGUGUUAGGGGUGACAGAUGAUGGAGAAGGAAGUCAUAUUCUGCAAUCUCCAUCAGCCAAUGUGCUUCCAACCCUUCCUUUCCAUGUCCUCCGGAGCUUGUUCAGCUCUACCCCCUUGACAACUGAUGAUGGUGUGCUGCUAAGGCGGAUGGCCUUGGAAAUCGGGGCGCUGCACCUCAUUCUUGUGUGCCUCUCUGCUUUGAGCCACCAUGCUCCACGUGUUCCAAACUCUAACCUCAAUCAAACAGAGCCACAGGUGGCAAGCUCUCAUAACCCUACAUCAACAGAAGAACAGCAGCUGUAUUGGGCCAAAGGGACUGGUUUUGGAACAGGCUCCACAGCUUCUGGGUGGGAUGUGGAACAAGCCUUAACUAAGCAGAGGCUGGAAGAGGAGCACGUCACCUGUCUUCUGCAGGUUCUUGCGAGUUACAUCAACCCGCUGAGUGGUGCGGUCAGUGGAGAGGCGCAGUCCGCUCAGGAGAGCCGAGGCCAGAACAGCAGCGCCCUGCCCGCCGUGCUCCUGGAGCUGCUCAGUCAGUCCUGCCUCAUCCCCGCCGUGUCGUCCUACCUGCGAAAUGAUUCCGUUCUCGACAUGGCGAGACAUGUACCCCUCUAUAGAGCUCUGCUGGAAUUGCUCCGGGCCAUUGCUUCCUGCACGUCCAUGGUGCCCCUGCUGCUGCCUCUUUCUACAGAGAAUGGUGAAGAGGAGGAGGACCAGUCCGAGUGUCAAACUUCUGUUGGUACAUUAUUAGCCAAAAUGAAGACCUGUGUAGAUACAUACACCAACCGUUUAAGAUCUAAAAGGGAAAAUGUUAAAACUGGAGUAAAGCCAGAUGCAUCUGAUCAAGAGCCAGAAGGACUUACUCUUCUGGUGCCAGACAUCCAGAAGACAGCCGAGAUCGUGUAUGCAGCCACCAUGAGCUUGCGGCAGGCACAUCAAGAAAAAAAACUAGGUGAAUAUUCCAAGAAGGUGGCCAUGAAACCCAAACCUUUGUCAGUAUUAAAAUCGCUUGAAGAAAAGUAUGUGGCUGUUAUGAAGAAAUUACAGUUUGAUACGUUUGAAAUGGUUUCUGAAGAUGACGAUGGGAAAUUGGGUUUUAGAGUGAAUUACCACUACAUGUCUCAGGUGAAGAAUGCCAGUGAUGCCAACAGCGCUGCCAGAGCCCGCCGCCUUGCCCAGGAAGCUGUGACGCUUUCAACCUCACUGCCCCUCUCGUCGUCCUCCAGUGUGUUUGUGCGCUGUGACGAGGAGCGACUCGACAUCAUGAAGGUUCUGAUAACAGGUCCCGCGGAUACCCCCUAUGCAAAUGGCUGUUUUGAGUUUGAUGUGUAUUUUCCUCAAGAUUAUCCCAGUUCACCCCCUCUGGUGAAUCUAGAGACGACUGGUGGUCAUAGUGUGCGGUUCAAUCCAAAUCUUUAUAAUGAUGGCAAGGUGUGUUUAAGCAUCUUAAAUACUUGGCAUGGAAGGCCAGAGGAGAAGUGGAAUCCUCAGACCUCAAGCUUUUUGCAAGUGUUGGUAUCUGUCCAGUCCCUUAUAUUAGUAGCUGAGCCUUAUUUCAAUGAGCCAGGAUAUGAGCGGUCCCGAGGCACUCCCAGCGGCACACAGAGUUCUCGAGAAUAUGAUGGGAAUAUUCGGCAGGCAACGGUUAAGUGGGCAAUGCUAGAACAAAUCAGAAACCCUUCACCAUGCUUUAAAGAGGUCAUACACAAACAUUUUUACUUGAAACGAGUUGAGAUCAUGGCGCAGUGUGAGGAGUGGAUCGCAGACAUCCAGCAGUAUAGCAGUGACAAACGAGUUGGCCGGACUAUGUCUCACCACGCGGCUGCCCUCAAGCGUCACACUGCUCAGCUUCGGGAGGAGCUGCUCAAGCUGCCCUGCCCUGAAGGCCUGGACCCCGACGCCAACGAAGCCCCCGAGGUGUGCAGGGCAGGUGCCGACGCUGAGGAGCAGGGGCGAGCCGGUGGUGGCAGCGAGCUUCCCACGGACUUCCAGUUAUGAGCUGUGGCCACGUGGAUGUCACAGACACAAAGGCUUCGAAGCACAAGCCAAAUAUGUCAAUAUUUGUAUGUAAGAAACUAAUUAUGUAAUAGGUAAUGAAACUAUACUGCGCCCUUAAGGAGAUCCAGUUUAAUUCACGGUGAUCUUUUAUUUACCUGUACAAGAGUGUAAACUUUUUUGUGCUUUUAUUUUUUAAUUGUGAGAACCACUGAUUGGUAUGUUCAACAAAUUUGUGUAUACAAAGAAAUGGAUAAAUCACUGAUUAUAAGGGAAACUACCUUAGGAAAGAAUGUUUACUGAAUGUUUAUUUUAUUUUUUUUUUUACUGUAGAGUGAGGGGUUGUUAACAAAGAAUAUAUAUUGGUCAUUCUUACAACUACUAUUUAAAGUCGGCAACUUUUCACAGAAUUUGAUAAUUUUAUGUUUGGCCGUAUCUUCAUGCUCAUAUUUGAUUUCUGAAGACCUCCUACAUACACUUCAAUAAAAGUUAAAUGGACCUACUCCCUCUUUUUUGAUUUACUGGUACAUUUUUAAAAUAAUAAAUCUGCCAUAAAAUACAAUAUAGCUGGGGACUUGCACUUGUAUGGAUGAAUUUAUUACAUUCAACAUAUUUAAUUUUAUGCCUUCUAAUUCUAAAAUGCAGAAAAAAAUAAAUGAACUUGAUUUUAUUCUAUGCCAA